GUCGUUACCUUAAUUUAUGUAUAUGGAGAUGUAAGUUGAGACAAAAUGUAUCCUUAAAAAGGAAAAAUAUUAAAAUUUCUUAUAAAAUUGUAUAAAGCCACGAAACUCGAUGAGGGUCCUUAGAACACGUUGUAUUGUUCUAGAUCCAACGGAAAUUAUAAAUCCUAAUUGUCGAACAGAGGUUGUAAAUCGAACAUAUGCAGCGGGACAUGUUUACUUGUUUGUAACGAAACCUUACUACAAUGUUACACUUCAUUUCCAAUUGUUUAAAAAAACCGAUGUUAAAUACCGACCGUUUUUGGUGAACGUAAAAGAAGAUUAUUGUUCAUUUUUUAAGAAAAACCACGGAAGUGUAUACAUGAGACUUCUAUACCAAAUGUAUGGACCAUAUUCAAAUUUAAAUCAUUCUUGUCCAUAUGAAGGUGAAGUUAUAAUCAAGGAUUUUCCAAUGGAUGCAAGUAUAUUGCCAUCAAUUUGGCCAACUGGAGAGUACCGUUUUGAUGCGCAUAUAUAUAAUUUAGAUGUUAAGAAAAUAACUAUUGAAUUUACUUUUGAGCUCAAGGAAUUAAGAAAUAGACCAAUAUUAAAAUAA